AUGCUACGACAGCAGCAGAACAAUGCCUUUCAAUCUCCUCAUUUCGAUCUUGAAAACGAAAAUGGAGACGAUCGUGAUGAAGGCUUCAAGGAGGAAGAGAAGAAAGAAGCCGGCACCUACAUUCACAACAUUGUCUUUUCGGGCAUCGGCCUCGUCUCCGAUGGCUACAAUGCUCAAGUGAUUUCCUUUGCCCUGCUCCUUCUGUCAAAGAUUUACUCUCGAGAGGAGCUAACAUCCAAGAUCAAGACUCGAAUCAGCGCGGCGUACUACGUUGGCAUCGUUGUGGGCGCUCUGCUUUUUGGCAAUCUCAUUGAUGGCUUUUCGCGUAAGACGGGCGUCGUGCUCGCAACGGCAGUCCUCGUUGUCGGUGUGGGCCUCAGCAGCGUUUCUGGCGUAAACACAAGCCCCUCGGGUCUCUUCUGGAUGCUUACCGUUUCGCGCGGCAUCCUGGGCGUCGGUGCCGGUGGCGAAUACCCAGUCUGCACCACAGGUGCUACCGAGGCGUCCGACGAGAACACGACGGUGCAGAAGCGGCGCGGAAUGCUCGUCGCCCUUGUCGGCAACUUUGCCGUCGACAUUGGCCUCGUCCUGGGAGGUGUCGUCCCGCUCAUCGUUCUUGCUCUCUAUGGCUACAGGGCCAAUACACCCGCAACCCAGACCCAGGAUCUCGAGGCGGCUUGGCGUAUCGCUGUAGGUCUCGGCGCAGCCAUUCCCAUUGCUGUCUUCUACUGGCGCUAUAAGAUGGUUACUUCGACCGCCUUUUCCAAAAACAGCAAGCGAAGCCUCGGCAAGGUCUCUACUGCUCGCUUUUACGCCUUGGUCUUUCGACGCUAUUGGAGAUCGCUGUCGGGCGCUUGCCUCUGUUGGUUUCUGUACGACUUUGUCUCGUAUCCUGCCAGCCUCCUCGCAACGCCUUUCAUCGCUGGUUUGUCUUCCUCAUCCUCGCAUUCUAGUACGCCCACGUCUACCUCCCUUGUGCAUGCGGUUGGCUACGGUAGCCUGAUAAACCUAUUCACUCUACCCGGCUGCCUCAUUGGUUCGCUCCUCCUUGAUCGCGCUGGUCGAAAGACGACACAGAUGGCCGGCUUCUUUGCCCAGGCAAUCAUCGGCGCCGUCCUUGGUGGCGUCCUGCACCGCAUCAAGUCCAACUUGUGCGCAUUUGUGCUCCUCUAUGGGGCUUUUGUGGCAUGCGCAGAGGCCGGUCCGGGCGUAGCGACGAUUCUCAUCAGCGCCGAAGUUGCACCGACCGCUGUCCGGGGCCACUUUGUGGGCCUAGCGGCCGCCUUUGGAAAGGCCGGCGCUGCAAUCGGCACCGUGUGCUUCUCGGCGCUGCAGGCGCAAUUCAGUGACGAGAUGGCCGGUCAGCAGGCCGUCUUCCUAGUAGCGGCCGGCUUCAGCCUAGUCGGUGCACUGGCAACAUUCUUGCUCAUCCCGGCCCAGCUGGAGAAACGGAGCUUGGAGGAGGAAGACAAGCAAUUCAGGAAGUACCUGGAAGAGCACGGGAUCGUGCAGGAUGUCUUCUGCAAAGGCACAGCGGAGGCUGUCCAUGAAGUCAAGGUAGAGAAGUGUGACGAAGACUUGAAGGAUCAUGACAAACUGUUUCGAAGCUGA